AGAAUCAGAACAGGAUACAAGGUCUUUCCUUAUUUUUCAUGUUGACACUCCUUUCUGUCUGUGUUUGAUUCAGUCAGCUGUGUGGACACCCGGGAGAGUAAACAAUGUGGAAAGUCGUCGUGUUUGUGUUUCUGCUGUCCCACGUGGAAGUCCAUGGGAUCGGUGCUGCAGAUGAGAAACCUAAAUCUGUGUCAGACGCGUCCAAACCUGUGGAAAAUGUGAAGACAGAAGAGACUGAAGCCGUCAGCACAAAUGAACCAGCUUCUCAAAUUGUCCCAGGUAACUUACUGGUGAUACCCAUGGAUGGGAGUCACUGGGUGGGUGUAAAGGCCCUCGCACAAGAAAUGGGUCGCCGUGGACACCGGGUCACAGUGGUCAUGCCAGAGGUCACCAUAAAGAUGAGUCCAGGGGAACACUAUGACACUUUGACCUACCCUGUUCCUUACGACAAAGCUACUGUGGAUCAAUUCAUGACUACAAACAAGAUCCUAAUGGAUAAUUCUGCAUCUUUAUUUGAAAAGAUAGGACACUUCCAGCAAAUACACGAAUACAUGCACACGACUGCAGAGAGCAUGAUAUUCAAUGACACUCUGAUAUCACAUCUGGCACAGCAGGGGUUUGAUGCUGUCUUGACAGACCCCAUGGUGCCUGCAGGAGCCUUAAUCGCUCGGAAACUUGGUCUGCCCAUUAUUAAUGUGCUGAGAGCGAUCCCUUGUGGCCUUGAUUUUAAGGCUGCAGGCUGCCCCUCCCCACCCUCAUACGUGCCCCGGUUCUUUACUGGGUACACUGAUAAAAUGACCUUCAAGGAGAGAACUGUCAACACCAUGGUGGCUUUAUUGGAGCCGCUUAUGUGCAGACUGAUGUACUGGCGCUUUGACAACAACGCCUAUCAGUUCCUGGGUGAGAAGGUGGGCGUGGCUGAGGUGCUGUCUGAAUCUGCUAUCUGGCUGCUCAGGAUUGACUUCACUCUGGAGUUGCCGCGGCCCCUCAUGCCUAACAUGGUGCUAAUUGGUGGAAUCAACUGCGAUGUGAGAAAUCCUCUGCCAAAAGAUUUGGAGCCCUGGGUGUCAGGGAAAGAUGGCUUUAUCGUGUUCACUCUGGGCACCAUGGUGUCGGAUAUGCCAGAAGAGACACUGUCCAUCUUCCUUGAAGCCUUCAGACAGAUCCCUCAGAAGGUUAUAUGGAGGUAUAACGGGAAGGUUCCUGAUAAUGUCCCAGACAAUGUGAAGAUGAUGCACUGGGUGCCUCAGAAUGAUCUACUAGCACAACCUGGAGUUCGGGCUUUCAUCACUCAUGCCGGCUCACACGGCCUCUAUGAGGGUCUGUGUCACGCUGUUCCCAUGUUGAUGUUGCCCAUUUCGGGGGACCAGCCUGACAAUGCAAAGAGGUUGGCGAGCAGAGACGUGGGAAUUGUGAUGGAUCUGUUCACUCUCACAACAGAAAGCCUUCUGCAGGGUCUGAAUGAGGUCAUCAAUGACAGCAGGUACAAAGAGAACAUCCAGAGACUCUCAGCUCUCCAUAAAGAUCGACCAAUGGAUCCCAUCGACCUCUCUGUGUACUGGACUGAGUUUGUGAUGCGGCAUAAAGGAGCAAAACAUCUCAGACCUGCUGUCCAUGACCUGAACUGGCUCCAGUACUUCUGCCUGGAUGUGAUCGCGUUUCUAAUGACUGUGCUGCUGAUUUGUGUGAUAGUGACUGUAAAAUGCUUCAAGCUGUGCUUCCAUAAACUGGGCAGGAAGAGGAAGCAAGAAUAACUGGACUGCAUUUGAACAUUCAUCUCAGAAACAACUCUCUUUGUUAAGGGAGAGAAAGUCAUCAUUUAAAAUCGUGGAGAGUAGAGAUGUUUCAGAUUGAAGGAUGAGUGAAAAGAAUACAGGAAGCCUUGAGCUGAUCAAAAAGAUGAUUCACAGAAAAUACAGAAUAUAUUAAUAGAUACAUCAUGUUCUGGGAUUAAGGGACAAUAAUCAGGAUUAGUGACCACCCUUCUUUGGUUGGAAGAGUGUCUACUCUGAAGCAAGAGCAACAGGUUCUGCAGGUAGAGAAGACAUGAAGCAGGGUCAGGAGGAAGAAUGCUACCAUCUUUGUUUACAUCCAGAUUUUAAAUCUAACCUGAAGGUUUUCUCUUUUCUUUUAGUGAAACUGUGAAAGCUAGCUAACUAAUACACACACAAUCUAAGUGCAGAGUAACCCCUGAUCUCUUUUGAUGUCAUUUUGAUCAGUGCAUUUUAUUUCUGUCAUGAUUGUCAGAGCAAAAAGGAAUAAAAUAAAAAUAUAAACUGAUGUUAA